CCCCCUGCGCGAGUGGGCCACUACGAGAUUGAGCGGACCAUCGGCAAGGGAAAUUUCGCGGUCGUCAAACUGGCCACCCACAUCAUUACCAAAGCAAAGGUGGCUAUAAAAAUCGUGGACAAGACCCAGCUCGAUGAUGAAAACUUGAAAAAAAUCUUUAGGGAGGUUCAAAUCAUGAAGUUGCUGAAGCACCCGCACAUCAUCCGUCUGUACCAGGUGAUGGAGACAGAAAGAAUGAUCUAUUUGGUAACAGAAUAUGCUAGUGGUGGAGAGAUUUUUGACCACCUGGUGGCCCAUGGUCGUAUGGCAGAAAAGGACGCCAGGAAGAAAUUCAAACAAAUUGUGGCAGCAGUCCAUUUUUGUCACUGCCGUAACAUCGUCCACAGAGACUUGAAGGCCGAGAACUUGCUUUUGGACCACAAUCUCAACAUCAAAAUAGCCGACUUUGGUUUCAGUAACCUGUUUUCCCGAGGGCAGCUUUUAAAGACCUGGUGUGGCAGCCCUCCUUACGCUGCACCAGAACUAUUCGAAGGAAAAGAGUAUGACGGCCCGAAAGUAGAUAUAUGGAGCUUAGGUGUGGUCUUGUAUGUUUUGGUGUGUGGUGCCCUACCAUUUGACGGCAGCACUCUACAGAAUUUGCGAGCACGUGUUCUAAGUGGCAAGUUCCGUAUCCCCUUCUUUAUGUCUACAGAUUGUGAGUAUUUGAUCAGACAUAUGUUGGUACUGGAGCCCAGCAGGCGUCUGACAAUGGAACAGAUCUGUAAGAACAAAUGGAUGAGACAAGGGGAUCCAGACACUGAUUUUGACAGGUUGAUAACAGAGUGUGAGCUGGUUAAGACUGAAAGAGAAACGGAGCUUAUCAAUGAGCAAAUCCUAAUAGCUAUGUCUGAGAUGGGCCUGGACCGAGAACGCACAAUACAGUCCCUACAAACCGAUGCAUAUGAUCACUACAGUGCCAUCUACAGUUUGCUAUCUGACCGUCUCAAGAAACACAAGACAUUGCGAGUUGCUCCACCUACAGCACGCUCCAUUAGCUAUCCCCUUAAUGCUAUGGAUCCCCAGGGUAAUCCAGUUAGCAUAACUGUUCCUCAUGUCCAGCUUAUCAACCCGGAGAACCAAAUUGUUGAGCCGGAUAGCAAUAUGGCACUAGACAGUGAUGAAGGUGAAGAGCCAUCUCCUGAAGCCAUGGCUCGUUACCUCUCAAUGAGGCGGCACACUGUCGGUGUACCAGACCAAAGGACUGAAAUGCAAGAAGACCUCCAGAAACUGCCACCUGGUUUCCCGAGGGGAGCAGUACAGCAGGUCCACUUUCCUCCACUCACGCCUACAAUGGGGCAAAUGCAUACUCUCAUGCCAACACAGAGCCUACAGCCCACACAGCAGUUGGAAUACAAGGAGCAAUCACUGCUGCAACCACCCACUCUGCAGUUACUUAAUGGCAUGGGGCCCUUGGGUCGAAGAGCUUCCGAUGGUGGUGCCAAUAUCCAACUACAUGCUCAGCUCCUCAAAAGGCCCCGUGGGCCUUCGCCUCUUGUUGCCAGUCCACACCCUAUUCCUGCUGUUGCUCCAGUGGAUGAAGAGGGAUCAGAUGGAGAACCAGACCAAGAAGCCGUACAACGGUCGAGCUAUAAAGACUGUAACACACUUCAUCUUCCUAUGGAACGCUUUUCACCUGUCAGAAGAUUCUCUGACGGCGCCGCUACCAUUCAAGCCUUCAAAACGCAUCUAGAGAACAGUAGCCUCAUUAAGCAACUGAAGCAGGAGUGUGAGCAGUUGCAGAAAAUGUAUGCAGCCCAGCAGGAUGAGCGGUUCUUGGAGCACACCCAGCAACAGCAUAUCCUUUACCAGCAAGAGCAACAAAUCAUCCACCAGCAAAUCCAGGGUUUGUCUUUAGGCCAUGGAGAGAGUCAUCCAAGUCACCUAACCCACCAGCUCCAGAGGUUGCGUAUCCAGCCAUCCAGUCCUCCGCCAACACAUCCGAGCAACCACCUCUUCAGACAGCCAAAUCAAAGUUCUCCGCCUGGCUCUGCAGGCAUAAUGCAAGGGCACGGUCCAGCCUCAGUACCGUAUCAACAUGGUUCUCCUUCACUGUACCAGGGCCAGAGUGGUAGCCCACCUCCCACAGCCCUUCCAAGAGUGUCUAUACCAGCCAAUCAACAGUCAACAUCUGUCCACCCUUCGGGCCCAUUGGCCCAGGGUGUACCUCAACAGCAGCAAGUGACUAUUCAGGUACAGGAAGUUGAAUUAGGAGGUGGGCCACAGAGACAAGGAAACUUUUUGUCAACACCAUGUGGACACAGAGUUCUCGGGAAGCAGCUGAGUGCAGACAACGCAGAAUCACACAGUCGUAGCCUCGGACGUUUCACGUCAGCCUAUGACCAGGCUCAGUUCAAUCCCCACCUUUUUUCUGGUGAUGCAGCCACACGGGGUACCGCUGGAGUGCUGGGUUCCUAUAGCCCUUACUUGCAGGGGGCCUCGCUCAACGUACCCAGCCUAGAAGGUUACCAGAGUGGGGCUUUGGGGACCGGGACAUACGGCACCCCAUCAGCACUACAGCAAGCGUUACUCUCUCCAACUCCACUGGACUACCGUCCCCCGCAACAGCAUGUAACACCCACUCUACAGGGGCUCCUGUCUCCGCGGCACUCUUUAACAGGCCACACAGAUCCUCGGUUACCGCCACAGGACCUAGCUGCGUUGCUGAAGAGGCAGAGUCCCCGCUCAUGCCCUGCUCCACCAACGCCACCCAGUAGUACUACACCGGAAUAUGGAGAGAUGUUACUUCUGCGUCAGCUGAGCCAGGGUGAGAGUUUGGAACCUCAGCCGCCCCAAGGCCCUUCGGCAGGCAAACACUACCACCACCUUCUCCAGAUCCGACCGCCAGAAGUUCAGCCACAGCACCCUGCCCAAUCACCAUGUCCCAGCUUGCCCCACUCAGAGAGCAUGGAGGAAGAUGAGGUACCAUCUGGCUACCACCACACGCAUGAGGGCCUGCUGGCUAAAGCUGGAGAAGGUCAUGAACUCCUUGGUCCUCCAAGAGGCAACACCCCUCCCUACAACUCCCCUACACACAGACGUGGCUACAUUAGUCUGAGUCCUCCAGCAGCUAGAGAGUGCAGACAGACGGGCCAAUCCAUGGAGGUGCCUGAUCAUAAUGGCUUGGGAUAUUCACGAGGUCAGCAGGGGGAAGCUUAUAGGUCCCGAGGACAGCUUCAGCGCCACCACACCAUUCAGACCUGUGAUGAUGCAUAUGACCAGACAGAGUCUAUGUCCGGGAUGAGCCUGUUGGCUGGGAAGGCGUUAAGUUCAGCUCGUAUGUCAGACAUUCUUAGCCAGACGUCACUGUCAGGAAGUCAGCAACUGCACCAGCGGGAAGAAUCAGCAUGUGACGUUGAAGGUGAGCUCCAUGCGACGACCUGCUAUCCCUCUUCCUGCACCACUGAUAUGCUUCUCAGCUAUAAGCCUCCUGACCUGCAGUACAGCAUGGAGCAGGCUGGUGUUUAG